CUCCCUUUGAAACAAACACACACUUGUUUCGCUCUGCAAAUACCACCACCAUUACUCUCUCCUUUUUCCCCAAAUCAGAGAUUCAAAAUGUUUAUCGAGAGCUUCAAAGUCGACAGCCCCAACGUGAAUUACACAGACACUGAGAUUCACUCUGUCUACAGCUACGACACCACCGAGCUCGUUCACGAGAACAAAAAUGGCUCCUACCAGUGGACCGUCAAGCCCAAAACUGUUCAAUACGAGUUCAAAACCGACGCUCGUGUCCCUAAAUUAGGGGUUAUGCUUGUUGGGUGGGGAGGGAACAACGGCUCAACUCUGACUGCUGGCGUCAUCGCUAAUCGCGAGGGGAUUUCGUGGGCGACGAAGGAUAAGGUGCAGCAGGCUAACUAUUUCGGGUCACUGACCCAGGCUUCGUCUAUCCGGGUCGGGUCAUUCAAUGGGGAAGAGAUUUAUGCUCCAUUCAAAAGCUUGCUCCCAAUGGUGAACCCGGACGACAUCGUUUUUGGGGGAUGGGACAUAAGCGACAUGAAUUUGGGGGAUGCAAUGGGGAGAGCUAAAGUGCUAGACAUUGAUCUUCAAAGGCAGCUCCGGCCCUACAUGGAGCACAUGGUCCCGCUCCCGGGGAUCUACGAUGCGGAUUUCAUCGCAGCCAAUCAGGGGGCGCGUGCCAACAACUUGAUCAAGGGGACCAAGAAGGAGCAAGUUCAGCAACUCAUCAAAGACAUUAGGGAGUUCAAGGAGAAGAACAAGGUUGACAGGGUGGUGGUGCUGUGGACCGCCAACACCGAGAGGUACAGCAACGUGGUUGUCGGCCUCAACGACACGACUGAGAAUUUGAUGGCCUCGUUGGAGAGGAAUGAAUCCGAGAUCUCCCCCUCCACCCUGUUUGGAAUAGCUUGUGUUCUUGAGAAUGUGCCUUUUAUCAACGGGAGCCCGCAAAACACAUUCGUCCCCGGGCUGAUUGAGCUGGCUAUUAGUAGGAACUCUUUGAUUGGCGGAGAUGAUUUCAAGAGUGGACAGACUAAGAUGAAAUCUGCUCUAGUUGAUUUCCUAGUUGGGGCUGGUAUUAAGCCUACCUCAAUAGUGAGUUACAAUCACUUGGGAAACAACGACGGAAUGAACCUCUCCGCCCCUCAAACCUUCCGCUCCAAGGAGAUCUCAAAGAGCAACGUCGUGGAUGACAUGGUUGCUAGCAACGGCAUCCUCUAUGAGCCUGGCGAGCACCCUGAUCAUGUUGUUGUUAUUAAGUAUGUGCCAUAUGUGGGAGAUAGUAAGAGGGCGAUGGACGAGUACACGUCGGAGAUCUUCUUGGGAGGCAAAAGCACCAUAGUGAUGCACAACACUUGUGAGGACUCUCUGCUCGCAGCUCCCAUCAUUCUAGACUUGGUCCUUCAUUACUCCAUAAAGGAAAAUAUAACAUCGAGACGUAAAAAAAGGAAAUCGAAGGCUGCGGUUUGUAUCAUAUGA